GUUUACCAGCAGGUGUCGCCAUGCACAACGUGUAUGUAUGUUUAUGUAUGUGUUAUUUUCCGAUUCUCUAACUCUCUGUUGGUGUCAUGGCAGGAGGAAAGGCUGGGAAAGACAGUGGCAAAGCCAAGGCUAAGGCGGUGUCCCGGUCUCAGAGGGCUGGUCUUCAGUUCCCUGUAGGUCGUAUCCACAGACAUUUAAAAACGCGGACAACUAGCCACGGACGUGUCGGUGCCACAGCGGCAGUGUACAGCGCAGCCAUCCUGGAGUACCUCACUGCUGAGGUGUUGGAGUUGGCUGGUAAUGCUUCAAAGGACUUGAAGGUGAAACGCAUCACUCCCAGGCAUUUACAGCUGGCCAUUCGUGGUGAUGAAGAGCUGGAUUCACUUAUCAAAGCCACAAUUGCUGGUGGAGGUGUGAUUCCUCACAUUCACAAAUCCCUGAUUGGAAAGAAGGGCCAGCAGAAAACUGCAUAGAAAGCCAUUUUGUCAGUCAGUAUAUAGAGAGAGAGCAGUUGUUUUAUGUUGUAUCCUUUUUUCUGUUUUUUUUUAUUUUAUUUUUUUAUAAGCAUAGAAUGAACACAACUAUUUUAUCCAUAUUUUCAUGUACUAUUCUUGGAGUGGGAGGGGAAUAAUGGGAUAGUUAAUCUUUUUUAAAUGAAGGGACAUGAGGGGGCUUCUCGGUGUAUAUCUCCAUGUGCCUUCCAUCUAUUUUAUACAUAAAGACUUUUCUUAAA